ACUUACGAGGCUGCUUUGCCGGCUCGGUAUUCAAUUUGGUAUAUAUGAGUGCCAUCAACAAGAAAAUAGCAGGAAAACGGUAGCCAUGAAUAAAUUUAGUGUUACAUUUGUUUAGUUUGUAAUAAGCGACAAGCAAAUGCCAUUAAAAUAACAGCGUCGAAAUUUUAUAUUAAAAAAUUCAUAACAAUUUUUGGGGGUAAUUACCAGGAAACAUAAUGAAACAUUCGCCAUGACAACACCGCAAAGGGGGGAGUACGUGAUUUUGACAUGAUAGUAAGAGGGGAAUACGAUUUGUUGGACAAGUAAAUAUGGCAUUUUCUCGUGUUUUUAGUGAUAAUCGUGAUAUUAAUAAACUGUUACGCUUAAAAGAAAUGGUGCGAAGUGGUUUCAUUUGCAGGAAAAGCGGCCUGAAUUUUCCUAACCUGUACUGUUUUACACGAUUGUAAACAGGGACCAGUGGCAACACUACAGGGCUGCCAAGCUUCAUGGAAUAUGGGGCCACUAUAUACAUCUGUCUACAAAUAAACUUAUCAACAUCCAAAACAAAAACAUGACUAACUAACUAACUAAUAAAAUACACUUUAAUUGCAUUAUUCUGAAACCAGAGUUAGCAUCAAAACGCAGCAACUAAAGUUGGAUUGUCAUUUGCUAUAUAGAAAAAUCUAUAAUUUAAAUAAAACUAUGACACAGUGACAACGUGGAAAAAUUUGAUGAUUUGUCAAAGUUUAAAGGGCGACGGGUGUCAGCGCUGACUAACCUAGAAAAUCGAGAUAAACCUCAAGCGAAAAUGGCUCAAAACCAUAAAGACAUAGACAAAUUCGAUAUAAAGGUGGUACACGACAAAUUUGAGGCUUCCUUGCAAGAAGACGACGAUGUUGACUUAGAACUCUAUUUAGAGAGCUUUGAGGAAUUGAACAAGUUCUUUAACUUGCUGGGCACAGUAUUUGGCUUUGUUAGUAAAGACCUCGCGCAGAAAAUCGACCAUCUCAACAAACUGCUAAGGGAUAACGACACGUCCCAUAAAUAUAAAACAGUAAAGACUAUGAUCGAGCAUGAAAAAGAAACGGAGAUACUGCACAAAAAAGGGCACACGUCUGGCAGCAGAACGCUGCUGAGAAUACAUAGAGGGCUGGACUUCAUCCAGCUAUUUUUAAAGAGAAUAUCGGAGCUGGAGAAUCAUGAAAACACGUCAGUUGCCUGCAGAGAGGCCUAUGAUCAGUCGUUGGCCAAACACCAUUCUUUCUUAAUAAAACAAGGGGCAAAAGUGGCAAUGUACACUUUGCCCACUAGGGAGCAACUACUGAAAAAGGUAUGUGGUGAUGAAGAAGAGAUUCAAAGGGCUGUGAAUUUACUGCCGAAAACCUUAGCAGCCUCUGCAGUCGUCUAUACCAGAAUCGACACUUUAUACACUGUUCAUGACCUACAUAAUUUGCCAUAAAUUCAACUAGGUAAUUAUCAAAAGAUAUUGGUGUCUCUAAGCUUGCAUGUAAUUGAUCUCUAAAUUAGGAAAUGUGCUGUUUGAUGUGGCAAGCGUAUGUUCCCUUCGAUAAUUCUAAUGUGGUAACUUUUGGUGUGGUUUGUGUGCGUUAUUAUCAAUGUUGAUGCCGCAAAAGAUUUUGAAAAAAGCGGUUUCAUCAAAGGAAUGCUCGAAUUAGGCAAGUUGUUUCAAGUAAUACGAGUAGACAAAAGAAGACUGGCUUUUGCAGCAACCUUUUAAUCUUUUACAGUCGAGGAGCCAGUCUUUUUUUUUGAACAAAAGUUAGAUCUCAUUCGAGCCAAGAAAGGUCGCAGUAACCCUUUGGUAAUGUGCUGGGACACACUGUAUGCUGCAAUUAUAACUUUUGACUUUUUUUUAUAGUGGCGUUGACUCGUUUUAUAUUGGGAAUGAACAUAAUUUGCUAUAAAAAAUUCAAUGGAGCAGUUUGAUGACUAUAUGUAUAGGUCAAAUGUGAUUUUUUUAUUGAACGAGGUAAAAUCGGAAGGAAUUGUGUGCGUUUUACUUGAUACAAUUUGUUUUAUUCAACAAAUUAGAAGACUUUAAGCUUGAGAUUGUUCGCUUGAAAACCGGAAUAUUGAGUAUUAUUUUUAAAGUAUGCAACAGAAUCCUCUGAAUUCGUACUCUAAACUUCGACCAAAAGAUAACGAUGUUGAGCCGAGUACAACAAAAGCAAGAAGAAUCUAAAUGGAGUAACUUGGGCGAAUGGCAACUAUUAGUGUACAAUUCAUCCUGUUUUUGCGUUUAUAUACACCCACAUUACCAAUACAAUGUGAUUUAGAAGUUAAUUUAUUCAAGUAAGGCAAACCCUUGGCUGAUGCAUUUAAACUGUUUACAGUUAUGGAAAAUGCUAUUUAAGUAAAUCUCGGGGACUUUUUUACAUGGACUUUUUAAACAUACAUUCGAUGCUAAUAGAUUACAAUCACAUAGAUUAAUCUGAAGCAACUUAAUCAUUUUCCUAUCCAAGUAUUUUAGAUAGCCUCCUUUGAAACUAUGUAGCAUGUAAAUUAAGCAUAUGUAAGUGCUGAUCGUUUCUAAAUGUCCUUAUCCGAAUAUAUAUGUAUGUUUUAUAAUUCCAA